CUUCCACAGAGCCGUAGCACUACUUAGGUCGCCAGUGUAAACCGAGAAGAGGAAGAAGUAUAUUUUUUUUCUCUUAACCUUUCUUCGAAAGACCUUUUCUCCAUCUUGUCGUCUGACGAGAAGAAAACUGGAGCUUUGGGAAUUAUACAGGAAUCGAGCACCAUGCCCGUGGAUAUAAAAUGUCGGGACGAUAUCAUAAAGUUACCAGACAUCGCCUCGCUGCGUGCUUUGAAGAAACAGUGGAACGUCCAGAACGAGGGUCCCCUCACAAACAGGGAUGAUUAUGUACGUCUUCUGCUCAAUUUCUACGACAGGAUGGGCGCCCCCGCUAACAAUAAGCCCCCUCCGGAUCCGAAUGCUGGACUUUCGGAAGCCAUUCAGCUGGACACCCAGAACCGAGCUAAGCUACAGGAGAUGUACGACGAGAUCCUGAAGUAUUACGGCAUCCUCCCCCACCAGUACCAGAAAAGUCUGAACACCGCCUACCCCGACCUCGUGAACUAUAUUGCCGCGCGGAGGAAGGAACUCGAUUCUAGGGAAUUGGUCAUUCUGGUAGCAGGUGACACAGGGGCCGGUAAAUCGAGUUUUAUCAACCUCCUGUUGGAAACUGAUAUCCUUCCUGUAUACGCCAUUGAAGCCACGCAGACAAUUUGUGAGCUACGAAAGUCCAGAAAUGGGGAAAAAGAAGCAAUUUGUUACUAUAGGCGCGAUUCAUCAAGGAAGCCGAGAGCCCCCGAAAUAAUAAAAAUAGAUGGCGCUAGAGGCAUGGAAGAUUUAAAAAACCGAAUCAAAGAAACCGACCAAGAUGAGGAGAGUCCGUAUGAACGCAUAGAAAUAUACAUGCCUUUCAGAAUGCUAGAAGAGGGCGUUGUGAUUGUGGAUAGUCCUGGGUUUGGAGAACACGGAAAGAGAAGUGGUCAAGUGGAGCGAUAUUUGGCCAAAUCUUUUGGCGCCAUCUAUCUUGUUAAUACCGCAUCAGCCGGAGGUGUAAACUCAGGGCGGCUAAGAGACUUCCUCCGAUUCGUCGUUAAUUCCGCCGGUGAUGAUUUCAAUCCUUCCGCUACCAUCUUCAUCGGAAACAAAAUAGAUUCGGUGGAUUCAAGAGACCAAGAGGAGGUCAAGCAAACUACAUCAUACAAACUAAAGCAGUGCUACCCUGGCCUGAAGGACAGCAAUAUAUUCUUCAUGUCUGUUAAUGAGGCUUUGAAAGGUGUCUCUUACAAUACAAGAACUGAGGAUCACCAGAGGGUUUUGGUGCACGGGAUACAGAAACUCUUUCCCGCCAGUCUCAGGAACAAACUCAGCAACCAUUACAGGUUCCAAUCUCAGAUACUGAAAAGAACACUAGUAUCUGUAAAAGUUUCUAAAACAAUGGCAGCGACUGGACGCGAGAAAAAACAAAACGAAAUCGAAGAUAUUCAAAGGCGAAUGAGAACUCUCGAGCAAAAUGCAAAAGCAACAAUCCAAAACUUGAAGAUGGACAUCAGGCACGAGGAAGAACAGCUCUACGAAGAUCUCGCAUCUUCUCUACGUGGCAGAACUUUCACCGAGAGUCUGUUCAAUAUCCAAGAAAUUGAAUGUGCAAAACCCUCAAGAGAUUGGAAAAAAGUAGCACAAGAGGCCAGUGACAUUAUAAGCAAUAAGGUAGCAAAAGAGAUCGAUGAUUGGGACAAUAAGAACCAGAGCGUGGAAGGGAUCAAGACCAGGAUUUUGGUGAAAUUCAACAAAGAAUGUCAGGUCUACGAAGAUCAAUUAAAGGAAAUUGAAAGUGCGUUGUUGGACGGUGACGUCAGGGCAAUCAAGGACUUACACAGGUCCAUGAAAAAACAAGCUCCCGUGAGACAGAUCUGGGCAAGAGCUAAAGAAACAAGGGCCAGUGGAGACAAAAUCAACAGUUUGGGAUCCAUGAUGAGCAGCGUCGGGGGUCUCUCCACAAGCGACAAACGAGUUAAAGACGUCUGUAAAGCAUACGUAGCAAAAAAUCAACUCCAAAGCAUGAGAUCACUGAUCUCAAUUUACAUUGAAAGCAUUUUCGAUGGCAACGACCUGAGAAUCAAAAUCAGCAAAUUCGUGACCAGAUUCGCUAAAGGUGUGGACACCAUAGCGAAAAAGAUUCCCGAUUUUAUUAAUGCUGACGCAGAACUGAUUAAGAAUAUCAAGGAGGAAAUUCAAAAUGCCGAACAUAAUUUGAGAGAGGUGUAUCCAAAGCUUCUUCAAACAGGCACUAGACUUCAGGGACAACUCGACGUUUUCUACGUCAAAAAGGUUAUGGAAAUGGAUUUCCGCCUGCGAGACAUAACUUACAACCCACAUGAAGACUUGCUUGGAAGUGGGUCAUUUGCUGAAGUUUUUCAAGCUAAGCUUCUUUGCUAUAAACCCCCACUGACGGUGGCAUUGAAAAUUGGGAAAGACUAUUUGCAGGAAAACAAUGUGUCCGAUGUACUUUUGGAGGAUCGUACCAUGAGAGAGUUGGAUCAUGAAAAUAUUGUACACUAUUACGGAGCAACUUUGCGUGAAGAAAAAGUAAGAGGAAAAAACCGACUCUUUUGGAUAAUGGUUAUGGAACACUGCUCGGGGACUCUGAAAGACAAAAUAAUCAAUGAAGAUUAUGACAACCCCGCCAAAGUAGGAAAGAUAUAUUCCGUCCAAGUGGAACAGAUGGAAGAAAUGGCAAGAAUGGUGAUGGAGAUCUGUGAGGGUCUACGGUAUAUUCACAAUAAAGAUAUGGUCCAUAGAGACCUAAAGCUCGAGAAUGUUCUUAUUUCCAAGGGUCCAAAUGGAAAAGAUAUUAUAAAACUAACAGACGUUGGUCUUACCAAAUCUAUUACGGAUAUCGGCGGAACCAUAGCAGGUUCCCCAGCUUACAUGGCACCGGAAAUUCUGCUUCAAACAGAAAUUCAUAACUGGAAAGCUGACAUCUAUAGCUUGGCCAUAGUUAUGUGGGAGAUGUGGUACGGUAUUGAUGCUGCAGAUCAUAUCCAGUCGCAAUUAUACGGAACGUUAGAGAGUGCAGUUAAAGGGGGACUACGCCCUUCUAUGUCUCUUGAACACAAACCGCCCGCUGAUUGGAUGGCUCUGAUAAAGCGUUGUUGGGACUUUGAUCCGAAAAAUCGCCCGGAAGUCGAUGACGUCUGGAAAUUUUUCGACAACUUUCUAAAACAUUAAUUUCGUCCAUCGACAUUUAGAUUGAUACUGUAAACAAAAGAUAUAUAGUUUGAGGAGGUUUUACGAAUAGAAGCAAGGGAACAUUAUGUUUAAUAAAUUAAUACAUGUAAAUACGAGUAUGGAAUAUGAUAAUUACAAAUUUAACAUAAUUGUUAAUUGAGUGUAUUGUAUGUUUUGACUGAAUUUAUUUUUUACGGCGAUGUAAAAAUGUAAAUAUGUAACCAAUAGUAAUGAAAUGAAAACUGUUAUUAAUAUAACUGCAUACUGCAUGUAGUUUUCGUGCAUAUACUGUCAAUUUAAUACCAUUUUUUCUUAAAAUGUAUUUUAUAACUUUCUCUCUCAUUGAUGAUUAAAUAUUUAUGUUGC